AUGGCGGCGGCGCUGGCGCUGCUGGUGGUGCUGGCGGCGGGCGCGGCGGCCGCGUGCCCGGCCGGCGCGCGCUGCGCCUGCGCCGAGGCGGCCGCGCGCCUCACGUGCCGCGCCGCGCACCUGCAGGAAAUGCCGCCGCUUCACGAACGACUGCAGGCCGUUGACGUAUCGCACAACAACAUCAGCGCGCUGCCAUCCGACGUGCUGCAGUAUGCCGCCGCACUGCGCGACCUGAACCUGUCUGCCAAUCGCCUGCAGUCGGUGGCAGCGGGCGCGCUGAGCAGCGCGUCGCUCGCGCGACUGUGGCUCGACGGUUGCGCGCUCGCGCGACUGCCGCCGCUGCGGCUGCCGAGACUCCAUUACCUGUCGUUGGAGCACAACUCGCUGUCGUCGCUUGAGGCGGACGCGCUGGCGGAGGUGCGCGCGCUGCGCGUGCUGCGUCUGGCGCACAACGCCUUGCAGGACGUGCCGCGCGCGCUCAACCACACGCCGAGGCUGCAAGCGCUCAACCUGGCCAGCAACCUGCUCACAGAGCUCACCGCCGCAUCGCUGCCCGACCUGCCCUCGCUACACACACUCAUCCUGAAACGGAACCGCAUCACUUACAUCGAGGAGCGCGCCUUCCUGCACACUCCCGCUCUGCGCGUCCUACGACUUGAAGACAACCUGCUCACCGAGUUGCCGCCUGCUAUUCACCUUUUGCCGAUGCUUGAAGACUUGUCUCUGGCCAACAACCGCAUAGAGCGUGUGGGCGUGGGGCUGCAGGCGUGCACGCGAUUGACGCGCCUGGAGCUGCGCGCCAACCCACUCUCUCAGCUACACCCUGACGCGCUCACGCACCUGCCGAGGCUUACUACCCUUGUCCUAUCGGAGUGCCGCGCGCUGGGCGGCGUGCCGGCACUGAACGGCUCGCUGCGCCUGCGCACGCUGCGAAUGGACCACGCGCGGCUCGCCCACACGCCGGCCGACCUCUGCGCGCAGGCGCCACAGCUACGCGCGCUAGACCUGCGGUCGAAUCAGCUGCGAAUUGUUCCUGAACUGCACGAGUGCUCUGAACUGCGAGUGCUUGAGUUGUCGGACAACGAAAUCGAGUCCCUGGACGGUGGCGCGCUGCGCGGGCUGCGGCGCCUGCACGACCUGCUGGUGGCGCGCAACCGCCUGCGACGCCUGCCCGCUGACACCUUCCGACACACGCCCAAGCUGCAGAUGUUAGAUCUCGAGGACAACCAAAUAGAGCACAUUGAUAUGGAAGCAUUCGUUCCAGUUUCCAAAUUAGAAGAUUUGAACGUGGGUAACAACAGAUUCCCCGUGCUGCCGGCGAGCGGGCUGCAGCGCCUGCUGCACCUCAAGGCGCACAACAACCCCGCGCUGCGUCGCUUCCACCCUCCCGAGCUCUUCCCCAGGAUACAGACGCUGGUGUUGUCGUACGCGUACCAUUGCUGCGAGUUCAUGCCGCUGAUGGAGGGCGGCGUGGGGGUGGACAGCGAGGCGGACGGGGAGGCGGAGGGCGAGGAUGACGACAGGGAGCAGUUCAGCGACCUGGUGCUGCUGCCGCCCGCGCACGUCGACCUCGCCGCCUGGGCCAACGCCACCGACAUCUGGCCGCACUACCUGAACGCGACGGGCGCGGGUGCGGACGGCGCGCGGCCGGCGGGCGCGUGGAGCGCGGCGGGCGCGGCCGAGCUGCGGCGCGCGCGGCGCGUGCGCUGCCGGCCGCUGCCCGGCCCCUUCCUGCCGUGCGUGGACCUGUUCGACUGGUGGACGCUACGCUGUGGCGUGUGGGCCGUGUUCCUGCUGGCGCUGCUCGGCAACGGCACUGUGGUGUUCGUGCUGCUGUUCAGCCGCAGCCGCAUUGACGUGCCACGCUUCCUCGUCACCAACCUGGCGGCCGCCGACUUCUGCAUGGGCGUGUACCUCGGCCUGCUGGCCGUGGUGGACGCGGGCACGCUGGGCGAGUUCCGCGAGCACGCCGUGGCUUGGCAGAUGUCGGGUGGCUGCCGCCUGGCCGGCUUCCUGGGCGUGCUGUCGUCCGAGCUGAGUGUGUUCACGCUGGCCGUAAUCACGCUGGAGCGCAACUACGCCAUCACGCACGCCAUGCACCUCAAUAAGCGCCUGUCGUUGCGCCACGCGGCCGCCGUCAUGGCGGCGGGCUGGGCCUUCUCGCUGGCGGCGGCCACGCUACCGCUGCUGGGCGUGUCGGACUACCGCAAGUUCGCCGUGUGCCUGCCCUUCGAGACGGGCUCGCCGACCGCACUCGGCUACGUGGCGGCGCUGCUGACCAUCAACGGGCUGGCCUUCCUCGUGCUGCUGGGCUGCUACCUCAAGAUGUACUGCGCCAUCCGCGGCUCGCAGGCGUGGAACAGCAACGACUCGCGCAUCGCCAAGCGCAUGGCGCUGCUCGUGUUUACCGACUUCCUGUGCUGGUCGCCCAUCGCCUUCUUCGCGCUCACUGCGGCGCUCGGCGCACGUCUCGUGUCGCUGGAGCAGGCCAAGGUGUUCACGGUGUUCGUGCUGCCGCUCAACAGCUGCUGCAACCCCUUCCUCUACGCCAUCCUCACCAAACAGUUCAAGAAGGAUUGCGCGCUCGUGUGCAAGGCCAUCGAGGAGUCGCGCGUCACGCGCGGCAUUGGCCGCUGCCGCCACUCGUCCAACUUCAGCAACCGCCAGACGCCCGCCAACACUAACAGCCUGAACGAGCGCUCGUCGCGCGGCCAGCACGGCGCCGCGUGCGCGUGCCGCCGCCUGCUGCCCGGCGCCGUUCCGCCCGCCGCGCCACCCGCGCCCGGUGGAGAGCGCCUGCUGCGCUGGCUGCGCGCGUGCGGGCGCCGCGCCACCGCGCCCACGCCGCCCGCGCCGCCCGUGCCGCGCGCGCCGCCCAAGCGCACGGGCUCGGUGUCGUCGUCGGUGGAGUUCUCGUCGUCGCGCUCCGACUCGUGGCGCACGUACGGGCGGCCGCCGCCGCCGCCGCGCCGCGCCGCGUCGUGGCUGGUGGCGCGCAAGACGUCUCAGGACUCCAACCUGUCGUCGUCGCGCAACGACUCGUCGGGCUCCAACGCCACGGCGUCCACGGGCACGUGGCGAACGUCACGCUCGGGCGGCAGCGCGGCGGCGGGCGCGGCGCGGCCUAAGCUCACGCGCCAGCCCGCCGUGUCGGCCGACGAGCCGCCGCUGUCGCCGGCCGCGCUGCUGCCGCCCGCCGCGCCGCGCCUGCUGCACACCAUCCCGUCGGCCGCGGAGACCGAGGCGCCGGCCGACGAGGCGGAGGCGCGCUGACCCGCCGCACGGCCUGUCCUACAAUCCCGUCCAUUAGCCCCGCCCGCGCCGCCAAGCGGACGUCUGACACGAUCGUGUAGUGUAGUUUCGUACAGUAUUACGCGCCAUGACGAGUUUAAAUUUAAGCAAGUGCGACGACACGAGACUUGAUAUAUUUAUUUAGUAAAAUUUACUAUGUAAGAUGAAAAAUCCCCCGAGUCGAUAUUAUUAUUAUAAUAUGAUAGUUAUAGUUAAUAAUUUAUGAAUAAUAUAAGUAAAAUAUUAAUUUAUUUAUGUACAACUAAAUAGGACGGUUAAUGUUUUUACAAUAAAUGUUAAAUGUUAAAAGUUAAACUAUAGCAAAGCCACGUCAGUAGGCAUGCCUACCGCCUACGACGCCGACGCACGUGCGAAAGUUGAGCGCUAAUUGUAUAUUGUAGAGGACGGCGCGUGCACUAAACAGUAUUCGACUACAGUAUAUUGUAUACUUUACUCGUUAAAUUAAUUAUGGUUAAAUAUAUUGUAAUGUAUGUUACUUAACGUUCACUCUAAGCUAGAUUUUAUAUGAUAGUUUAUUGUAUCGCUAGAGACCAAGUGCUCAAUAGUGUCAUUGAUAUUGUUAAACUCAAUUGAUAGUGUAAUAAAAUAAAAUAUUAAUAAAAUAUACGAAGCCUUCAGCCAUGCUGACGCACCGGAAGCGAAGGCCAAAGCCGAUCAUGUUUUGACAAUAAAAUUAUAAAAAUCUAAUACAUAGUACCUACCUUUUACUGUACUUUUAAGUUACAAACUACCUACUUAGCAGCGGCGUGCAGGUCAUAGAGGCAUAAAAGCGCUGCUUACCCUGAUUGAAAUAGUUUAAUGUUCAUUUUUCAUCAUGACCGCUAGUAAUUAGGCAACUACCUACUUUAUGCCUACCCUAGCUAUAGACCCUGAGCACGCCACUGCUACUUAGGUACAAAUAUCUACCUACACAAUCUCUAAACGAAACUAAAUUAAUAGGUUAUUCCUAUCUCUUUCACAAUGGUCCAUACGGAAAAGAAUAGCACUAUAUUGAGACCAAUUUAGAGAUUGUGUGCAUACAACAGAUUACAGAAUUAACCACACUGGGAUGGUUACUAAAUCCCGCGAUUAAAUAUAGCAGCUGUGGUAGAUUGCCAGUCAAAUACAGAGAUCAGUUUAUAAUUCAAAGGGAUUUUAAGAAAAUCCAUACAUAAAUAAACGAUUAAUCCGUCUAAAUAAA